ACUCCUUCAUAAAUAGAAGUAGGAAAAAGUAUCGGAAAAAUCAGGCAAACUUUGCUGGAAGAUUUCAAGCCAUAAUCUCAUUUCGUACCUUAUCCGCAAAAAACUCUCACAUUAUUUGCUAGUUUUUGCAUGCGAUUGUCGUUUCUUGUAAAUUAUAUAUCUACCUUUGGAUGGAAUUGAAAUUGAAUCAGUGUUGAAACGGGUGACGAACUGUCAGCCAUGGAAGCUCUAAAAGCUUCAUCUUUUCCAUCAUUCCACCGCCAACCCAUCUCAAGGCGAAAUCCCAGGAACGCAUUCGAAAAACCCAUUCUGCAUAUCCCGUCAUCUCGACGAAUCCCGACGACUUUCCAGAAAUCGAAUUCCAAGAUUUUCACCGCAGUUUCUCCGACGACGGUGGAAUCUUCGGCGCCUCCCGAUGAGGAGAUUGAAUCCGAGAAGAGAGAGGAAAAAUUCGAUUGGUACGAGCAGUGGUAUCCGGUGUGGCCGGUGUGCGAUCUGGAUAAGAGGAGGCCGCAUGCGAGGAAAGUGAUCGGGAUCGAUGUGGUGGUGUGGUGGGAUAGGAAUGAGAAUGCAUGGAAGGUGUUUGAAGAUAGUUGCCCUCACCGAUUGGCUCCCUUGUCGGAGGGGAGGAUCGAUCAGUGGGGCAGGCUGCAGUGUGUGUACCACGGCUGGUGCUUUGGCGGUGCCGGCGAUUGCAAAUUCAUUCCCCAAGCGCCGCGCGACGGCCCUCCGGUUCACACUUCCAAUAAGGCGUGUGUGGCCGUAUAUCCCAGUUGUGUACAAAAUGGCAUUCUUUGGUUCUGGCCAAAUUCAGAUCCACACUAUAAGGACAUAUAUUCAACGAAAAAGCCACAUUAUAUCCCAGAACUUGACGACCCAUCUUAUACCAACACGAUGAUAGCAAGGGACAUAGGUUAUGGGUAUGAAGUCCUGAUUGAAAAUCUUAUGGACCCUGCUCAUGUUCCUUACGCACAUUAUGGCAUAAUGAGAACAGGAAAAGUGCCCGAGAGUUUGAAGGCUGACAGAGAAGGAGGCAGACCGCUCGAGAUAAGUGUUCAGAAAGUGGAUGUAAAUGGAUACACUUCGAAGCAAAUGUUUGGAGAGAACCACUUCAUAGCGCCCUGCCUAUACUACGGCCAUUUCUCUCCGGGUGGAGGUCAAAGCGUGAACAAGGCACCAUCGGAUGGGAAAAAAGAUGUGGUAUCACCCCCCGUUCCCCCCAAGAAAAAAGCUAUGCUCAUUUUCUACUGCAUUCCAGUUAGUCCCGGUUACAGCAGGCUGAUCUUCGCAUCUCCUAGGAACUUUGCUGUCUGGAUGGAUCGGAUUAUACCUCGUUGGAUGUUUCAUAUUGGACAGAACUUGAUUCUUGAUUCAGAUCUCUAUCUUCUUCAUGUGGAGGAAAGGAAGCUGAAAGAUGUUGGGCCUCUGAAUUGGCAAAAAGCUUGCUAUGUUCCAACAAAGGCCGACGCCCUCAUCGUAGGAUUCAGAAGGUGGCUGAACAAGUAUGGUGGCACACAAGUUGAUUGGAGAGGUAAAUACAGUGGAGAGCUUCCACCCACUCCUCCAAGAGAGCAGCUCUUUGAUAGGUACUGGACUCACACGGUGAGUUGCAGCAGCUGCAGCAUGGCGUAUAAACGUCUCAACGCGUUGGAGAUCGGCCUUCAAGUUAUCUCCAUUGCUUCGAUUGUAGCCGUAGCAGCAGCCAAACAGGGCGCAAUCACCAUUGUUGCGCGGUAUUCUCUGGCUUCAAUGGCUGUGUUGUGCUUCGUGGCUUCGAAAUGGCUGUCCCAUUUCAUCUACAAAACUUUCCGAUACCAUGAUUAUGAUCAUGCCUUCCGCUAAACACUUUUUCUUUUCUUAGUUUACUAGUGAUAUUGUACAAACUUUCUGAUUGAUAUUAUAAAGAAGAAGCCAGAGCUCAGGAUUGUAUAAACGGGCGCGGCCCAUGGAGAUUCGUUUGCAAUGGACUUUCACAUAGGAGCCAAAAAAAUUUGGACCCGUACAUCUGUUUUUUUAUACUAGUAGAAAGAAUGUAUAUUGUACGAAUAAUUAUUACUUUAUUUGAUAAAAUAAAAAAUAUAAGUUAUUUA